AUGAUGAUGAUUAAUCUUUUUGAAGUGGUCGUUCAGGUAGAAAACAGGGGAGAAAUUCCCGUCUAUCUGAAAGAGAAUUUCCUCUAUGCACUGCCAGGCCGCCACUGCCUUGUGAUCCGAAUUGCCCCGUUCAGCACAAAGGUUAUCCCGGCGCAUACAUUCUUUGCCCGCAACAAGUCCUUCGGGAGGCCCUCUACCGUAGAGGUUCAUAUAAAUGGGAAAUUAAUUCAGCGCUUGACGCCGCAAACCUUUGUGCAUUACCCGAAGAUCAUCGUUGAUGGUUUUACUGAUGAAGAGGGAUCAACCAUCCGUGUGGUUCGUCCUCAACGAGCUCUCGAACUCUCUCGUUUGAGGGCCUUCAACUUUCUUGCUAUGGGAUUCAAAGAAAGAAAGGAGGUGUGGCUUGUGAAGAAGUAA